AUGGAUAGAAAUGGAGCUUUGAUUCUUAUAUUCUUCGUAUAUGUCUCUCAGCUUGUUUUAUUCUCAACGGCUAGAAACUUUCCCGAAGGAUUUCCGCCGGUAAUCGAUGGCGUAAUCUUCACUGGAGAAAUAUCUGUAGUCUCCAAGACGGUGAACGGAGUGCCGGCGACGAUGGUAGGGUGCGAAGGCGAGGAUGUUCACUACACGGAGGAAUAUUCGUCUUCUCCGGGAGCCUAUGUCACCGGAAAAUACGGGUCAUUGGUGUUGAACGUUCUUCCAAAAGGGUCAGUUCCGGCGUCUGGGCCUAGCAAGAGAAUCAACGACGUCAAGACUUAA